CUUCCCAAGAAUGUCGACGGAAUUCGUCCGGCGAUUCUCCACCCUCUUCACCAGCUCACCCACCAACAUGGAGCAGCGAUGGACGGCCGGCGUCGACAUAGAUGCCAUGAUUGAGUCAAUGGCGAACAAAACUUCAAAUGUGAGGCCGGCCCAGGUUCAGCUCAUCAAGCAGCUCAUUUCCUCCAUCAACAACGUUACCCGCGACCAUCCCGUUUACCCCGUGAUGAUUCGGGCGGCGAUGGCGAUGUUGAAUGAGGGAAUGGGGUGUAGUAAGGACGAGAUAUCUGAAUUUAUAGCGAGGGAGUACGAUGUGUCCCCUGUUGUGAAUUGUGCUAGGGUAGUUUAUGAGUUGGAUAAGCUUGUGAAGGGUAGGGAGAUAGUUUUGACUGCAGAGAAUCGGUACUUGGUUCGAGUGGAAGAGAAUGAGAAAGAGGACGAGAGUGGCAGCCGUUUGAUUCGUGUAAUGGGACAAAAACGCGGUAGGCGUGGUGGUGGAAAGGGUUGGAGAGGCAGUAAGGUGAGGAAAGUUGUUGAUGAGAAUUUGGUGGUGGUGGAGGAUGAUGAUAAUCAGAAUGUAAGAAGUUUUGACCGAAUUGAGGAAAGAGGGAAGCUGGUGGGUCGUAGAGAAGUAGAAAGAAUCGAACUUUUGCAAGGUGAGGAAGAAUGUGUGCAGGGGGCUGGUGAUGUAGGGAAUGUAUUCAGGGAGCCUGGAGGAAAUGAAGUUUCAGGAGACCGACAAGAAAUAUUGGAAGCUGAAUGUGCCAAUGAGGCAACUGCAUUGGUUAUUUUACCGAGCAAAGAAGUGGAAGGUAAUGAUCCUGCGGUUCAAGUUGAUCCGACUUUGAAUGCGAAAACCCUUGAGGCAGUAAGUUGUUUAAGGCCACUAGAAGUUGUAAAUGUUGAAAAACAAAGGAAGCUACAAGAAAAACAUGACAGAGUGUUGAACACGAUCGGGGAUUUGAGCGACACUGCAGCAAGGUUUUGUGAGGAGAACCUGCAGUCUAGUAACAAGAAACAUUUGUUUGAUGAGGAGCAUUAUAUGGAGUUAUUGAAGAAGGCAAAAGCUGUUCAACUAGCUUUGAAGGAUGCCAUCGAUAAAGUGAAAGCAGUAGAUGUGUCAAACCAUACUGGGACAAAAGUAGUGGCAUUGCCGGACUCUGUUUCAGGAACUGCAUCUGAGUCUGAUAUUUCAAAAGUGAUGAGGCAGGGUAAGCGGAAAGGGAAAACCCAGCAUCGUAAGGUGUCUCGAGAAGUUGAUGAACUGCUGAAAUCUCCCCCAGAACAGGAGGCACGCGAAGAUAUUCUAAGUGAACAGCUAAAACGUCCGACAAAGCUAACGAUCCGGUUAUCCUCUCCGAGUCUGCCACUCCAGCAAAAUGAAUCAUCUGAAUGACAAAUCUUUUGUGGCCUUGAAAAGGAGUGCGAAAGAAAGUGGGAAAUCGUUUGUGGCCUUGAAAAGGAGUGCCAAGGAAAGUGGCCCCGUGAUAGAAGCAUUUCUCAACCUCGUCAAGUUCAUUGUGUGGCUGCGAAGGGUCUUAAACCAAUAAGUGCUUGCCUAAUGUAUGAUAUGGGCUGGACUAUAAAAGGCCCUAGGUGCAAAAGAUCUCGGAAUAGAGGACCAAAUGUCAAGGAAUCAAGACAGGCUAGAGAACAGGAGGGCAAAAUCCCUAUGAAAGAAUUGAAGAUGAAUCAGCCAACAUCAGAGGAUUGUAUUCAGACGUGCCAGCAGCACCAGGGCCAGGGUUCCUCACAACCUGAAGAGACAUCAGUUGAAGUCCUGACUGAGCGGUUGCCUUCACUGCAUGAAAAGGAGUUGCAAAAUCAUGGGAAGGCACUUCCAAUUAAGUUGGCUUUGGAGC